CACUCACACUCACACAUCGCUAGGCAGAGCCCUGCACAUCAUGGAUUGUCUGCGGACUUGCUGACCCACUCACCCAGGAAGCUUGCAAGGCUAGGACAGCCAGAGCUCUGCCCCUCACUGAGCUCCAAUCACUGCACCCAGAGCUCCACAGCACAGGAUUCCUUAUUUGGGGAAGAGACCAGCUUCUGAUCUACUUUCUGUUCCUCUGUGUGGCCCCUCUCCUCCCCCCACCCCUGGCUGACACAGGGGGACAGGAGUUUUGGGGAGCCAUGUUUCAGCCCACACCAAAGAGGUGCUUCACCAUCGAAUCCUUGGUGGCCAAGGACAGCCCUUUGCCAGUCUCUCGCUCCGAGGAGCCCAUCAGACCAGCUGCCCUCAGCUAUGCCAACUCCAGCCCCAUCAACCCCUUCCUCAAUGGCUUCCACUCCACUGGCAGGGGGGUCUACCCCAACACGGACCUGGUGUUCGCAGAGGCUGUAUCUCACCCCCCUAACCCGGCUGUGCCAGUUCACCCAGUGCCCCCACCUCAUGCCCUGGCAGCUCACCCCCUGCCCAGCCCGCACUCUCCGCACCCACUCUUUACCUCUCAGCAAAGGGACCCAUCGACUUUCUAUCCCUGGUUAAUACAUCGCUACAGAUAUCUGGGACACCGAUUCCAAGGUAACGAUACCAGUGCGGAGAGUUUUCUGUUACAUAAUGCACUGGCCAGGAAACCCAAACGGAUCCGCACUGCCUUCUCCCCAUCCCAGCUACUGCGCCUGGAACACGCAUUUGAGAAGAACCAUUAUGUGGUUGGGGCAGAGAGGAAGCAGCUGGCUCACAGUCUGAGCCUCACAGAGACACAGGUAAAAGUUUGGUUUCAGAACAGAAGAACAAAGUUCAAACGGCAGAAGCUGGAGGAGGAAGGAUCAGACUCAUCUCAGAAGAAGAAAGGGACCCAUCACAUCAACCGGUGGAGAAUUGCAACCAAGCAGGCCAGCCCUGAGGAGAUAGAUGUCACAUCGGACGAUUAACCCUUAGCACUUUGAACUGUCAUUAUUUAACAAACGCUAAAAAGCAGGAGAAACGGAAAGUGUCCCUGCCCCAGGACAAUCCAUGGGGCACAAACCAACAAACAGCCUCCUCCUGGCAGGUGCUCAGCAGACACGAGAAUACAGCACACACAACAGAAACACAGGACAAUUUUUGCACUUCCAAUUUUUCUGUCUCGGUUUUUUUUUUUUCACAGCCAAAAAAAAACAAAAAAAAAAAACAAGAAAAAACAAACAGAAACGAAUGAAAGAUAAGGAAACACCUGUUACACAAACUUGAAUUGCAUGAGAAACCUCGAGCAAAUGGUUUCAGAUGGCAGAAAAUAUUGUAAGUUGUUUUUUUCAUUUAAUUUUGUUUGUUUUUUGGAGGGGGGAGGACUGACUCUGUGUGCUUUAUAUUUUUUAUAUAUUUUUUUUUUAAGAGAAAUGUGCAGUUUGUAUACAUUUUAUGGUAUAAUUCAAGUGAUUGUGAAAAGGAACCUUCAGUAGAAUAAAUACAGGCCACAGGGACCGGACACGAUUUGGGGAGGGAUGAUGGGCUGCCAGAUAUUGGAGGGGGAUUGAAAAGGACAAGUUUAUUUGGAGCAAUUCCCCAUGGCGUGUGAUGCGUUUAACCCCAGCAUCCUGGCACAGUAAAGACAUUUAAUGGAUCUUUCAAAUAAAUUCAAAACAAAAAAAACAAAAAACUGAUCACACAUAUAUUUUUUUUUUUUUUUGAAGCACUGAGAUUCUGGUCCAAUAUAUAGAAAGCUACUAAACAUGGACAAUAAUAAUGAAAUAAUAUUAAUAAAACAAAUCGAUUGUUUUCCUUAUGUCUUCUAUACCAGAUUGUACAUAUUUUUGUGUUUGUGUUAAUUUGUUAGAAUUCUAACACACUAUAUACUUCUAAGAAGUAUGAACCCUGUCAAUAUUUUGUCAAUAAAGAUUUAUUAAAAUGC